UUUCUGCUCUCAUGGGACAUCAGAAACCUGGGAGAGCUGAUUGACCGCUUCGUGGGGGACUUCAAAGCCCAGGGACCCCCAAAGCCGAACGUGGACGAGGGGGGUGCCGUUCUGCCCAGCUGCGCUGACCUCUUUGUCUAUUACAAGAAGUGCAUGGUCCAGUGCUCGCAGCUGAGCACCGGGGAGCCCAUGAUUGCCCUCACCACCAUAUUCCAGAAAUAUCUGCGGGAAUACGCCUGGAAGAUCCUCUCUGGAAAUUUACCCAAGACCACGAACACCAGCGGUGGUGGCCUGACCAUCACCAGUUUACUAAAGGAGAAAGAUGGUUCGGAGGUGGCUAAAUUUACCUUAGAGGAGCUUUGCCUAAUCUGUAGCAUUCUGAGCACGGCCGAAUACUGCUUGGCGACCACUCAACAGCUUGAAGAAAAGCUCAAGGAGAAGGUGGAUGACACCUUGGUUGAAAGAAUCACCCUGAUGGGAGAGAUGGAUACCUUCAGCACAGUGAUUUCCAGCAGCAUCCAGCUUCUGGUGCAGGAUUUGGACGGAGCGUGUGAUCCAGCCCUUACUGCCAUGAGCAAAAUGCAGUGGCAAAACGUGGAGCACGUCGGGGAUCAGAGUCCCUACGUCACGUCGGUCAUCCUGCACAUUAAGCAGAACGUCCCCAUCAUCCGCGACAACCUGGCCUCCACCCGGAAAUAUUUCACCCAGUUCUGCAUCAAAUUUGCUAACUGUUUCAUCCCCAAGUUUAUUAACCACCUUUUCAAGUGCAAGCCGAUCAGCAUGGUGGGGGCCGAACAGCUGCUGCUGGACACUCACUCCCUGAAAAUGGUCCUGCUUGAUUUGCCAUCCAUCGGCUCGCAGGUGGUGAGGAAAGCUCCCGCCAGCUACACGAAGAUCGUGGUCAAGGGCAUGACGCGGGCCGAGAUGAUCCUCAAGGUUGUGAUGGCCCCCCAUGAGCCUGCUGUGGUCUUUGUGGACAACUACAUCAAACUCCUCUCCGACUGCACCACGGACACAUUCCAGAAGAUUCUGGAAAUGAAGGGUCUCAAGCGAAGCGAGCAAAGCAGCAUGUUGGACUUAUUCCGUCAGAGGCUCCCGGCGCUUCCCUCGGGCGCGGAAACGGGCGGCUGCGUCUCCCUGACAGCCCCCACGCCCGAGCAGGAAUCUUCCCGCAUCCGCAAGCUGGAAAAACUGAUCAAGAAGAGACUCUAG